UUGACUGUCUGAAUGGAAAUGGUACAAGCCUGGGCCCCAGUAGUGGGUUUCACACUCCUGCCCAAUGUAGGAGGAUUUUUAGGAGGCAGGAUAACCAAAAGACAAAUUCCAGUGUGGUAUGCACAUCUACAGAAGCCAUCCUGGUGUCCACCUAACUGGGUGUUUGGUCCUGUUUGGGGAGCACUCUACACAUCUAUGGGAUACGGCUCCUACCUGGUGUGGGAUGAACUGGGGGGCUUCAAUGAAGAGUCAAUGGUUCCUCUGGGUCUGUAUGCAGGGCAGCUGGCACUAAACUGGGCAUGGACUCCAAUAUUUUUUGGAGCACACAAAAUGGGAUGGGGGCUGGUCACUCUCCUGCUCACCACUGGUAUGGCAACAGCUACAACUGCUUCCUGGUAUAACAUCAACAAAACAGCAGCUUAUUUGAUGGUUCCUUAUUUAGCUUGGCUAACCAUGGCUUCUGCACUCAAUUACCGUGUCUGGAAGGACAAUCGCAAAAAGAACCUAUAUGAAUAAAUGGUUUUCAGCCAAGACAACUUUUUUCCACAAGAAUUUUUCUAAAUGAAGUUAUGAC